ACAAGAAUCAAAGAGAACAAAAAUAUCGAAAAGUGUUGUAUGAUGGUGGUUGGGCAAGUAUGCCCGCAUUGUCUAGUGGUUGAGGACAUCUCUAUUUCAAGGAGGCAACGGGGAUUCGACUUCCCCUGGGGGUCGGGUACUAUGAAAAGAAGUUAA